CAUAAACAUCACAAAUCAAGUAACGUUGACUAGCCGUUCGGUCGCAAGUUCCCAUCGAAUCCCCAACCAAUCAACCCAAACUCAUAAAACAAAAACAACCAUGAAGUGCACAGUCGCCAUCGUCUUCGCCGCCCUCUUCGCCGUCGUCCUGGCCGCCCCCGCCCCUGAUGCGGAAGCCCAGAUCCUGCGCCUGGAGUCGGAUGUGCAGCCCGAGGGCUACAACUUUGCUUUGGAGACCAGCGAUGGCAAGAAGCACGAGGAGCAGGGCCAGCUGAAGAACGUGGGCACCGAGCAGGAGGCCAUCGUGGUCCGCGGAUCCUACUCCUUCGUGGCCGAUGAUGGACAGACCUACACCGUCAACUACGUCGCCGACGAGAACGGAUUCCAGCCCGCGGGUGCCCAUCUGCCCAAUGUGCCCAUCAGCAACUCAGAACUCAUUUGCAAUCCGCCGAAUUCAUUGCCACCUUUGACUUUUGCAUUUUCGCGAAUUUUGGCGUAUAAAAGCCCCCGCCCAACUGCAGUGGAGCAUCAGACAGUCACCAGCUUUCUAUCCAGCCUUAACAUGAAGUUCCUCAUCGUCUUUGUCGCCCUCUUCGCCAUGGCCGUGGCCCGCCCCAACGAAGCCCAGAUCGUGAGGCUGGAUGCCGAUGUGCAGCCCGACAAGUGGAGCUCCAACCUGGAGACCAGCGACGGCACCAAGAUCGACCAGCAAGGUAACCUGAAGGACAUUGGUACCGAGCACGAGGCCGCCGUCGUCCACGGAUCCUUCUCCUGGGUGGAUGAGAAGACCGGCGAGAAGUUCACCGUCACCUACGUCGCCGAUGAGAACGGAUACCAGCCCCAGGGUGCCCAUUUGCCCGUGGCCCCAGCUGCUUAAACUGUCCUUGAUCACAAAACGCAAUUUGUUUAUUCAGAGUCUAAAAUAAAUCGAUUGUUAAUUGCAAA